CACGCAAGCGGGAGUACCUAGUUUGAGUUCCUAGUCCCCUCUUUCUGUGUCACUACCCGAAAUAGUAUAUUUUUAUAGCACACUCUGUCUCUCAGAUCUGAUCUUCAUCUGCCUUCAUUCCUUCUCAUUCCAUAUCACUCACGGCUUUCAUAAAACUUUGGAUUCGUUUCUGUCAUCACACCUACUUAGAUUUCGAUCUGAAUCCAGUUGUUCUUUAAUUCUGCUUGUCAUAUUUGCAAGAUCUUGUCUGAAGCUGAACUAUGAUAUUCAAUAAAAAAAAAUUUGGUUGAUAAUUCUGGAGGGAAAUUCCUAUGGUAAAUUUGACAUUGAAUCUGUUGAGACACAAGGUCUUGGCUGCCAUCAUAUAUAGCAUAUAACUAAACAGCAAAAAGUUAAAUUUUGAUUUGCACCACACUUAAUAAAUAAAUGUCGAGGGGGAGAUCUGAUGGAUCGCAAAAGAAGCAUUUAGUUGCUUCCAUUUGUGCUGUAGCAAUAUUUCUUGGCUUCCUGUAUGUGUAUUAUGGAUCCAAAAGUACAGGAACAUCUGCUCUUGAAUAUGGGAGUAAAUCGUUAAAACGACUUGGGUCAUCAUAUUUAAGUGCUGAUGACGAUGCCAUCAGCAAGCAAGAUGAUUCUUCAUCAAGUUUUGGGCAGGGAGAGUCAGAGGUUGAUAUCGUGCCUAAGAGUUUCCCUGUUUGUGAUGAUCGUCAUUCGGAGUUGAUUCCCUGUUUAGACAGAAACCUUAUCUAUCAAAUGAGAUUGAAGCUGGACCUCUCUGUGAUGGAACACUAUGAGAGACAUUGCCCUCCUUCAGAAAGGCGGUUCAACUGCUUGAUUCCUCCUCCACCAGGAUAUAAGGUCCCUAUCAAGUGGCCACAAAGCAGAGAUGAGGUGUGGAAAGCAAAUAUACCUCAUACUCACCUUGCACAUGAGAAGUCUGACCAAAACUGGAUGGUUGUAAAAGGUGAAAAGAUAGUGUUUCCUGGUGGAGGGACCCAUUUUCACUAUGGAGCCGAUAAGUACAUUGCAGCAAUUGCUAAUAUGCUCAACUUUUCAAACAACAUACUUAAUAAUGAUGGAAAUUUGCGGACAGUGCUUGAUGUUGGCUGUGGUGUUGCAAGCUUUGGAGGAUAUCUUCUUUCAUCUGAUAUCAUUGCAAUGUCCUUGGCACCCAAUGAUGUGCAUCAAAAUCAAAUUCAAUUUGCCUUAGAAAGAGGAAUCCCUGCAUAUCUUGGUGUCUUGGGAACAAAGAGACUCCCUUACCCAAGUAGAUCUUUUGAACUUGCUCAUUGUUCUCGAUGUAGGAUUGAUUGGCUUCAAAGAGAUGGCAUACUACUACUUGAACUUGACCGGUUGCUUAGGCCGGGAGGUUAUUUUGCAUACUCAUCUCCAGAAGCCUAUGCACAAGAUGAAGAGGAUCUAAGGAUAUGGAGAGAAAUGAGUGACCUUGUGGGACGCAUGUGUUGGAGAAUAGCUGCGAAAAGGAACCAAACUGUCAUUUGGCAAAAGCCUUUGUCAAAUGAUUGCUAUAUGGAAAGAGAACCUGGUACUCGCCCUCCACUCUGCCAGUCUGAUGAUGAUCCAGAUGCAGUGUGGAAUGUGAAUAUGGAAGCGUGCAUUACACCUUACUCUGAUCAUGACCACAAAGUCCAGGGCAGUGGAUUGGCUCCAUGGCCUGAAAGACUGACUAGUCCUCCUCCUAGACUAGCUGACUUUGGCUAUGCAAGUGAAAUGUUUCUAAAGGACACGGAACUAUGGCGAAGGAGAGUUGAAAAGUAUUGGAGUAUCCUGAGCCCAAAACUCACGUCAAACACAAUAAGGAAUGUGAUGGACAUGAAGGCAAACAUGGGGUCAUUUGCAGCUGCUCUUAAAGGCAAGGACGUUUGGGUGAUGAAUGUUGUGCCUCCAAAUGGACCAAACACACUGAAGAUUAUAUAUGACAGAGGCCUGAUAGGCUCUCUCCAUGACUGGUGUGAAGCAUAUUCAACUUACCCCCGGACUUAUGAUUUACUUCAUGCAUGGACUGUCUUUUCUGACCUCGAAAAGAGGGAUUGCAGUCCAGAAGAUCUAUUACUUGAGAUGGACCGCAUGCUUAGGCCGACCGGUUUUGUAAUCAUCCACGAUAAACAACCUGUGAUUGACUUUAUAAAGAAAUACCUACCAGCAUUGCACUGGGAAGCAGUUGAAACUGCUGAUUCCAGUUCUGAGUCUGACCAGGACGGAGAUGAAGUUAUUUUUGUCAUCCAAAAGAAAUUGUGGCUGACAAGCGAAAGCUUUAGGGAUACGGAAUAGGAUAGGACCGCGGAUUCCUCAUUUAAUCUGUCUUAUAUAUUCUCCGCUGCUAAAAGGGACCAAUAAGUAUACCUCUAGUGGUAAAGCAGUGAACAGUUUUAUUCCGUAGUAUUUUACUUAACGUUCACAUUAUUUCCUUGUAUGCCAUUUGUUUGCUUAUAUUUUUCGUUGCUCAUUUUUGUGAUAAUGAUUCAAGUUACUUCACCAUCAAGGCGAGAUAGAUUUGGUGAUAGAAUGCGAGAAUUUGUGGCAUCUAAGUUACAUUUAUUUAUGCACUUUCCCUGCCUUCAUGUUUA